AUGGUGGGUUCCUUGCUCUUCUUCCACUGGGCUUGCGUUUCUGUCACGCGUGGGGGCGCAAGAAGCGGCUGGCAGGCGAAGGAGUACGACCUCGCAGACAAGAACGGGCUUGCAGACUUCCUAGAACAUGCGGACAUCCAGCUGGGUGGUCCGGGCAAGCGGAGCAUCUCCAAGGAUGCUCUCCACACCAUCGUCAGACACCUUAAAGGCGACCGUUUCACCGUGGACAUGCUCCAGGGCAUCGUGCAAGAAGUUGUUCCCGAUCGUGAGGGCCUGCUGAGCUGCGAGGACUUGGCACGCUGCCUCCGCCGCCCGGAUCCAGCUCCGGAGCCGGAAAAGUCCAAUCGCUACGACCUGGCUGAGAAAAAGGGUCUGGCGGACUUCCUGAAGGAUGCGGACAUCCGCUUGGUGCCAGCCUACUUCAUUUUGAAGUUGCACCAGGAAGGAGAGCGGCUGCCUCGGCGCCAGGAAGCGGAAUCCGCCUAUGUGGACGGUUGGACGGCACUUGUAACGCACGAGGAGGUCCAAGCUUGGGCUGAUGGCUGGGCGCCUGACGGCACUCAGAUAGUCUCACUUUCCCAUUGCUGGGAGUCGCGAGAGCAUUGUGACCCGUACGGAUACCAGGUUGCCAAGCUAGCCAAGGCUCUUACGGGCGAGGAAUGGGUGUUCAUCGACUAUGUUUCUCUGUAUCAGUUCCAGCGACUCUCCCAGCAGCAGAAUGUCAGCUUCAGGCGUGCUAUGCAGCACAUGCAUGUGCUGUACUGCCAUGAGAACUCAAGCUCCCUCCGAAUCGAGUCUCUGACGCCGGAAGCAGACAUUGCAAAAGCCGAGACAAUGCAAGAAUGCCUAAUAAUGUAUCACCACCCCACCGGCCUGGUGAAACCAGUGCCGGUCACUGAGUUGGUCAAAAACCGCACCCCUGAUGCGCAGCGAGGCUGGUGUGCCGCUGAGAGGGAAUGGUCCAGCACACGGACAGCCACCAACCUUUCACGUGAAGUAGAUGCCCCAGAAGGCGAGAAAGGGGGAAGCGCCCCGAUGGUGCCGGAGGCGUUUAAAAAGAAUGUGGCACACCAACUAAAGUUCACGCACUUAGAUGACGUAGAGACCGUCUGCAGAUUGCAAGCGGAAGUGUACAAAGAGAAGGCAGAGAUGUGCAGGAGCCUGAGGCUCGUAGAUUUGGGCGCAGAUGCACUCGGCAUCGCCCUGUCGGCGCUCGAGCGCUACCCGGUCCUGGAGAGCGUGGAAAUCGUGCACUGCGAGCUCAGCCCCAAGCUCCCGCUGCUGCUGAAGGUCGUGGAGGAGAUCAAGCUCCGGCAGCUCCACCUGCAGCACAACGAGCUCUUGGAGGAGGGCAUCCGCCAGGUCAUCGAGGCAAUCAAGCAGAAUCGCACCCUGAAGCAGCUGAGCCUUGGGGGAACCAAGAUCGCGGAGGAAGGCGCUUUCGCCCUUGUUGAGGCGCUCCGGGUGAGCGGGGUGAGCGGGGUCGAAGUCCAGCUCGAUCUGAACGACAGCGAUUUGGGCAAGGCCGCCGUGGCAGUGGCCGGGGCUGUCCGGGCCGGUCAGGUGAAGCAGGGCAUCGUCAUCCACCCCGGGGUAGAGUUCUUGUGCAUGUUGAAGGACGAGAAAUUCCACGAGGUGGCAGAAAGGCAGAUGCUCGAGCUCGAUUUCAGCUUCGGCUGGCGGCUCAGCUCCGGGAGCCGAGGCGACGGGCGCCCCCGAAACCCGGAGCUCCUGGAGCGUUUACCCUGGGCUUUUCCGCAUCUGCCGGCGCUGCGAGACCUCCGGCUCGACCUCAGAGACGGGCUUCUUGGCGCUGACGGGCUCCGGGCCCUGGCCUUGGGCCUCCGGCAGCAACAGGAGCUGGAGGAGCUGACGUUGCGGUUGCAGAAUAACUCCCUGGGCCCCGAUGACGUGAAUGACUUGGCCUCCGCCCUCGCCGAGCUCAAGAAGCUGAAGGCGCUCAAGUUGAUCCUGUCCGACAACGAGAUCGGCGCUGCGGGCGCUGCAGCGCUCGCUGAUGGCCUGCAGCGCCUGCCGCAGCUGACGAAGCUCGUGGUUGAUCUGUCUAAUAACAAGCUCAGCCCAGCGGGCGCACAAGCUUGGGUGCAGAGCAUGCAGAACCUACACCAACUGACGGCGCUCCACGUUGAUCUGAGAUGUAUCCUUCUCAGCACGGAGGAAGAGAAGAAGCUUCGCACCACCUUCGAUGGGCUGGUUGGGGAGGAGAAGGCCUCGGUCUCGGCAGCGGCCGCGACUUUUCGAUUCCUGGAGUCGCUUCGUCGCGCUGCUGCCGGAAAAGCGGAGGAGGGCCGAGGGGACGAGGAGAAGGACUCCUUCGUGCCACGGGUCCGUGGUGUGG